CUGCUGUGGACGAACCUUAUCUGAUCACUGAUAAACAAAGUGAAAGUACAAAUCAUAUUCGAGGACUUUGGUCCUGAAGGUAACUGCAGUCUGAGGUGAGCCGACUCAUUGACGCACUGAACAGACUCCAGCAUGCCUUCACUGACAGAUAAUCUGAUGAACAGUGAUAUUCCAGCUAAAUUGGACCAGUCCAGUUUUGCCUCUAGCUCCUGUAUCCCCAUGGCCUUGGCCUGUGGCUUCGCAGGCCUGGCUGUUGGUGGUUUAAUAAUAAUUGUUGUUGUGUACAAAUGUAAAGGUGAGAAAGCCGGGCUGCAGAAGAGGAUUAUAUCACUCGAAACUGAAUUACGAAACAACCGUGAAGACAAGGAAAACACAGAACAGCUGGUUAGCACAGUACUGGAACAGAAGAGGGAACUGGAGAACCAGAGGAAACAACUCCGAGAACAACUGGACGAAGUCGAGAAAGAGAGGGAGAGGAACAAGAGGACGCUUCAGACUGUGGAGGGAGAAAUAACACAGAGAGAAAUGACAUUUGACAAACCAGAGGAGUUGUUAAGACAGAAAGAAAAUCUCUUACAGGCUCAGUGGAAACUGGACCAGACAAAGAAAAGUACUGAGAGACAGUUACUGAACAUAGACAAACUGCUGGAUCCCAUUGAGUUUCAGAUUGGCAGAAUAAAGAACAGGAGGAGGGAUGUUGCCAUCUUUAUGGAGUAGCCAAACUGAGACAAGGGAAAAGCAAUCAGAGCAAAUCAGUCACCAACAGGGAACUGGAUCAGAUGUACAAAGAUUAAUUAACUGAUGUUUGCUGGGGCUGUUGUAGAAAAAAAAAGAAAAAAUGAAGUGUAAUUUGUGAUUUACUGAAACAGGACACAGUGCUAAAGAUUGAUUUGUUAUUCUAAGAGCUGCUGAAUGACGACGAGGACAAAUUUUCUGAGUCCAGACAAUGUAAAGAAAAAACUGUAUAAGAUUUAUAAACAUCUUUGAAUGUGUCUAUAUGAUGUUAUAAUGAUGUGUUUGACAUUUAUGUUCAGUAAUGUCACUUUGUAUAAGAUCAGCUGUUUGUUGCAGACAUUCAAUUCAAAUAAAAUGUAGUUUAAAAA